AUGCAUUCCCAAGAAGAAGCUACAGAAGGAUCUGUAGAGGGCAUCCAAACUUUGGAUAUUGAUGACGGAGUCGCUGGCUCGAAGGGGAGUCUAUCUGCUGUGUCGGAAGAUACUAUCGAGGGGCCUAGGGAAGAGGAGCGUUGUGAGUGGUUCGGCGCGGUGCGUUGUGCCUUUUGUGGGGAGGCGCAAACGCUGGAUCGGCUUUUUGUGGGGUGUCUCUCGAUCCCCCUGCCGAAGGGCAGCGGCAGCAGCAGCGGCAGUGACGGUGUGCUGCGUGUGGCUGCGCACGAAGACUGCAGCUACCACUGUCAGGAAGUUCUAAGCAGCGCUGAGGGGAGUCAGUGACCCUUCUUGUGCCCAGAUCACUUGCUGGAAAAGAGCCGUGGCUUUGCGGUGAGCAACGGGCUCACUCCAGGAGCCGCUGCUGCUGCUGCAGCCGAAGAAGAAUCUCGUCGAGAAGUUCGACAAACAGUGCUACUCCAGCAACAACGCCGUCUUCGAGAACGGCAGCAGCAGGAGCAGGAGGAGGCGGCUUGCUGCUUGUGCUCCGCUGUACGUACCGGCGCCGCGCUGGCUAGCGCCAUGCAGCACACAAGCGACGCUGCAGCAGCAGCAGCCACGAGCAGUGGUCAUGAACUUGCUGCUCUUGCUGCUGGAAUCGCUGCUGCUGCAGACUCAGUCACAGCAAUGCUGCGGCCUGAGGAGCGCGACUUUGCUGCUGCUGCUGCAGUGGUGCAUGCUGCGGCAGCCGCCUCGCCCCCCGCGGAGAGCAGCCGCAAGAGCUCCACAUACAGUGGGCAGGAAGGGGGCCCCUUGCAGCAAGAAGUUCUAGCUGUACGGCCCCUUCCCCACGCGUUCCAAGUGAAACAGCAGCAGCAGCGACACCAACUGCAGCAGCAGCAGCGGGAUACUUUCUGCUCGCAGCUCACUGCCUUUUUGCAAGCCGCUAAAGUUGCAGGUUUCGGUGUGCCGACACUAGCUGCCGUUGUAGCAGCAGAGCGCCAACAGUUUUUCUGGGAGUCAAUUGCUAGUCUUGUUCCAUAG